UCCGGCGGCGCGGACGGAGGUGCGGUGGGAGUCCAUGGCAGGGUACUUGAAGCUGGUGUGUGCUUCCUUUCAGCGUCAAAGGUUCCACUCUGCUGUGAGUCACUGCAAGAGUCGGACGGGUGCUGAGCACCUGUGGCUGAUGCGGCAUUUAAGGGACCCAUUUGUGAAGGCUGCCAAGGUAGAGAGUUACCGGUGUCGAAGCGCCUUCAAGCUCCUGGAGGUGAAUGAGAAGCACCAGAUUCUGCGGCCUGGCCAUCGGGUGUUAGACUGUGGGGCCGCUCCCGGGGCGUGGAGUCAGGUGGCGGUGCAGAAAGUCAAUGCUGCAGGCACGGAUCCCGGCUCUCCUGUUGGCUUUGUGCUUGGGGUAGAUCUUCUUCACAUAUUCCCCCUGGAAGGAGCAACUUUUCUGUGCCCUGCUGAUGUGACUGACCCAAGAACCCUCCAGAGAGUCCUAGAGCUGCUUCCUGGUGGGAGGGCAGAUGUGAUUCUGAGUGACAUGGCACCCAAUGCCACAGGAAUCCGGGACCUCGAUCAUGACAGGCUCAUCAGCCUGUGCCUGUCCCUUCUGGACAUGGCUCCAGACAUCCUGCAUCCAGGGGGGACAUUCCUUUGUAAAAUCUGGGCUGGAAGUCAAAGUCGUUGGUUACAGAAGAGACUGACAGAGGAAUUCCAGAACACAAGGAUUGUAAAACCUGAAGCCAGCAGGAAGGAAUCAUCAGAGGUGUACUUUUUGGCCACACAGUACCGCAGAUGGGAGGGCUCUGUGAAGCACUGAGAAUGUCUGUACCAUUUGCACAAUGGUCAUUAGGUUCUUUUUAAUUACAUAUGUGGCCUGAGCGCUUUCCUAGAGAGUGGCCAGGGGAUCUGAGCUGAGAUUUGGGAGAUGCAGUAGCAUGAGUGGGGAGCCUCUUUUUUUUUUUAAACCAAAAAGAGAUGACAAAACUAAAUUGAAGGACCGCAAAAAAAUGGUAAAACCACCACCACCAACAACAAAAAACUUUUCUAUAUCAUCAUUUGUGAAGCGGAAGUUAUCAGAGCAAAGAGAUAGGUGAAGGAUGAAGAGAGACAGACUGAGGGGAGGAUGAAAAGGAAGUUGCCGUGGCAGGGAAGGAAGUACCCACUUAUGUCUUUACAUGACUUCCUCUUCUUACAGACGAUGAGGCUGUCACAGAGUAGCAGGCUUUCCACCCUGUCUCUAAGACCACAAUGCACAGGUUUUUAUUUGUUUUUUUGGCUGUAUAGUAUAAAGUAGAAAAAUCUGAAGUUCCCAUCUGGGGAUUAAUUUCUGCCUCUCUGGCGAAUAAUCUGGAAAUUCAUCCAUUCUUCAGCAAGAGUUCCCAGAGCAAUUAGGGAAGACAUGGUAUGAAUUUAUGCAUGGGGUGGGUGUGCUUUGGUUUUUGCUGGAAAUAUGUAUUGUUGUAAUACUUAAG